UUGUUCUUCGAAGUAUACAGACUAAAUAAUCAAGACUCAAACAAAAUGGCUGCGCCCAUAAAUUGCUAAAAUUUGGAACUUUUUACACACGAUAUUGUUCAUUUAUCACAUUGAAAUCCAGCCUAAAAUGGCUGAUUCUUAUGCUCUGGUGAAGGGCGGUAAAUUAAAGAUUAAAGGGCGCAAAAAAGAAAAGAAACAUAAAAAACAUAAAAAAAGUAAACGAGAUGAAGAAAAACCUGGAGGAAGUAACUCUGCUGAUAAUGAAGAUACAGCAAAACAUGGUGGCUGGUGGGAAGUAAAGGAAUUUGAUCAGCUUAUUGGUAAUGUUGCCAUUGAGAUGGGUGAUAUGACAUAUAUUAGCGCCAUGGAUAACGGUUUAUUUACACUGGGUGAUCAGCGAUCUGAAGGUGAGGCUCCUGAUCCAGUUGAAAUUUUAACGGCUAUAAAAAUAAAUGAUACAAAGUUGGCUUUGAAAUCAGGAUAUGGUAAAUAUCUGAGUGUUGAUACAGAUGGUAAAUUAAUUGGUAAAUCAGAAGCAGUUGGCAGUAGAGAACAGUUUGAACCUGUCUUUCAAGAUGGUAAACUGGCCAUCAACGGUUGUAAUGGAAGAUUUAUAUCUGUAACAAAAGAUGGUGAUAUAAUGUGUAGUUCUAAAACAGCUGGCGAAAAAGAAAUGAUUAAGAUAAGAUCCAGUGUUGAUACAGAUAUUGAUCCUCUAGCUGGUAUACCCAUGGAAGAAAGAGGAACUCUAAAAGAAUCAGAAAUAAAAUAUGUGAAAAAAUUCCAGAGUUACCGUAACAACAGAUUAAAGAUUAGUGAACAGGCAAUUGGACAGUUGAUGCAGGCGAGAAAAGAAGGAAAACUUCACGAAUCUUUAUUGGACAGACGAGAGAAAAUGAAAGCCGACAGAUAUUGUAAAUAGUACACAGUUCCUCAUCUCUAAUUUUAUCAUGUACAUAAGUUUAUCAAAUAAAUAAAAACAUCUUUAAUAUAAAAAAAA